AUGGAUUUACAAGAAUUUCUAGCCACGGAACCCACUCACGACCGAGAUGAUCUAGUGGACCUGCGCGCCCUUGAUUUCGUCUCCAGCUACGAUUCCCACCUUAUGUGCCCGAUCUGCCACUGCCCCUUUGUUGAACCAGUGCGCUUACAGUGCGACCAUGUCUUCUGCCACAAAUGUCUACAAUCUGCUAUAACAACCUUCCGCUCGGCCGACUCGGAUGAGUUUCCGUGUCCUUCUUGCCGCACCCCCACUACCCGAGUCUCGACAAGUGUGCCCCGCCUGUUGGUCAACAUGUGUGAUGAAAUCCAAGUAAGGUGUCCAUUGCAAGCGGAAGGAUGUGCGGAGCUUUUACCGCGGUGCCAUGUCCAGUCGCAUGUGGAUAAGUACUGUGGGUACCGGCUAGUGCCGUGUCCGGACGACUCGUGCGAGAAGAAGAUCCGGAAGAGGGAUCUCCAAUCGGACGAGAGGUGUCUACACGGAUAUUUCCUAUGCUCUCGGUGCGAAGAAGAUGUGAUGGAGAAAGACUUUGAAGAGCACGACAAGGAGCUCUGCUCAAGUCUAGAGACCACCUGCGUUGAUUGCGGAACUACCCUCCCACAGCGCGAGCUUAAAAAACACGUCGAUGCCUGCCCCGACGUCGUCAGUCCCUGCGCAGCAUCAAAAUAUGGAUGUCAGGUCAAGAUCCGCCGUGCAGACAGCGGAACACAUGAACAAACUUGCCCUCUAAUCUCAUUAGGGCCGUACUUUGAGGCCCAAAAUACUCGGUUAAAUUCUCUCGAACUAACUAUGCGCCAUCUCCAACAACGAAACGAGAUUUUUGAAGACGGAAUGUCCAAUAUCCGAAACACGCUCCUUGAAUCCGCACGCGCAGGCCGCAGCAAUCGCAGGCGUAGCGUCACAGAACCAGACAGGACCCAAUCUCAGAACGAAGACGAUCCAACAGAAACCCCAAACGUCUUCUCCUCAAACGCAACAACCUACCUCCUCUCUCUCCACGAAUCCCUCCGCGAGGAAGUAAGCCAGAUGUCACAUGCGUUAACAGACCUCGACGCCCGCGCAAGCAUGACAAUCAUGAAUGAAUGUCUCCGCAUCAAAGAAGACAUGGCGCAUACCAAUGCAGCUGUCAACAGCGUGCGCAUGCAAGUCCAAUGGCUUAUGAAUCCAAGACUUCACAACGGAGCCCGGACGGGUGUCAUUCGUACCAACACGGCUAGUACGGCCGAGGCUCGCUCGCAGCUUACUUCGACGUCUGCCCCUGGGCCUAGUAGUGCGGCAGGGCCUUUGGGGCCACUAAGGCCUAGGAGGCCUAGUGAUACUGGGCGAGAGGGGACGAAGCUGUGA